UCUUCGCCAGGGCAGGGCUCCGGCGCUGUGGCCACGGUGGUUCGCGGGGACGGAGGGAGUUAUUUAUAGAGUAAUUAUGCUAAUACUGAGUAAGACAGCAGGAGUCUUUUCUAAACCAGCAAGAAGGAAAACUUAUGAAUUUUUAAGAAUUUUUAAUUUUCAUUCUGGAAAACCGUUUCUUCAUAAACUAGUGUUGGGAAUCGAAACCAGUUGUGAUGAUACAGCAGCUGCUGUGGUGGAUGAAACUGGAAACGUUUUGGGAGAAGCGAUACAUUCCCAAACCGAAGUUCAUUUAAAAACAGGUGGGAUUGUUCCUUCAGUAGCUCAGCAGCUUCACAGAGAAAAUAUUCAGCGGAUAGUGCAAGAAGCUCUCUCUUCCAGUAAAGUCUGUCCAAGUGAACUCUCAGCAGUCGCAACAACUAUAAAACCAGGACUUGCUCUAAGCUUGGGAGUAGGCUUAUCAUUUAGCUUGCACCUAGUAGACCAGUUAAAAAAACCUUUUAUUCCCAUUCAUCAUAUGGAGGCUCAUGCACUGACUAUUAGGUUGUUAAAUAAAGUAGACUUUCCCUUCUUAGUUCUUUUGAUUUCUGGAGGUCAUUGUCUAUUGGCUUUAGUCAGAGGAGUUUCAGAUUUUCUGCUUCUGGGGAAGUCUUUGGACAUAGCACCAGGGGACAUGCUUGACAAGGUAGCAAGAAGACUGUCUUUGAUUAAACAUCCAGAGUGCUCCACCAUGAGCGGUGGGAAGGCUAUAGAACAUUUGGCCAAACAAGGAAAUAAACUGCAUUUUGAUAUCAAACCUCCCAUGCAACGAGCUAAAAAUUGUGAUUUUUCUUUUUCUGGACUUCAGCAUGUUGUUGAUAGGAUAAUAACACAAAAGGAAAAAGAGGAAGGGAUCCAGAAGGGGGAAAUCCUGGCUUCAGCUGCACACAUUGCCGCUGCGGUACAGCACGCAACAGCGUGCCACAUUGCAAAGAGAACUCACCGUGCCAUUCUGUUCUGCAAGCAGAGACGCUUGUUAUCUCCAAGUAAUGCAGUACUGGUUGUAUCUGGAGGUGUCGCAAGUAACUUAUACAUCCGAAAAGCUCUGGAAAUUGUAACAAAUGCAACAGAGUGCACUUUGUUGUGUCCUCCUCCCAGACUGUGCACUGACAACGGCAUUAUGAUUGCAUGGAACGGUAUUGAAAGAUUGCGUGCUGGUGUGGGCGUUUUACACAACACAGAAGGCAUCCGCUAUGAACCCAAAUGUCCUCUUGGAGUAGACGUAUCAGAAGAAGUUGGAGAAGCUGCCAUAAAAGUACCGCGGUUAAAAAUGGACAUUUGAUUUUUGCUUUUCAAAAAAAUCCCUAAAGAAACUUAAGCUCUGAUGAAACUCCAGCACUGAAGCAAAAUCCUGUGGAUAAAUUAAUGCCCAUCAGCCUUCGCCAUAACUGCAGGCACUGCAUCUGAUUUAGCCCUGUUUCUACCCUGGGAGUCUGGCCUAGCUUUGAAUGAAAUUCAAAGGUCUUUUAAACCUUUUUUGAUGAUGCCAAAGUCAUGGUGGUAUUCCUGGUUGGCUCAGGACUCUCAAGUAAUAUCCCAGAAGUGGUUUUCCAGAUCAGACUUGGAAGCGACCCCAGAAACCCCAGAAAGUUUUUCUGAAACAUGAAUAACUUGGCCAAAUGGGAUCCCCAAGAUUGCCUCCACAGGUAGUUUUGUUGCUAAAUCAGAAUUAAAACGGGCUUUGGUAGUGGACAUUUAGGGUGAGUUUUCUCUCUUGGUGUUCAUUCACGCCAGGAAUAGCUCCCCUUGUUUGAUCUCCCUUAAGCUUUCUUACAGGUUCUUCUAUCCGUAAUCUCACUACUGCAACUUCACAGAUACGGGCACAAUACCUUAAGGAAGGAAGUCCCACUCGUUGCUGCAUUUGAAAUUCCUUUAAAAAAGCUGGGUUGAUACUUG